GACAAGGCCACCGUAGCUUCACUUUUGAUACUCUGCUCGCCUCCAUUUCUACGACUCUAUUUCAGUCUUCUAACUAAGAAAGUAGACAGGGCAUCAACUUAAUGAACCAUAAUAGCGUAUUAAAAAAGUUAUACUGGGUAGUACGUUGUUCUUUAUUUUGCCAAUAAGCGUAUACAAUAUCGUUAUCGAAGAAAAAGAGGUCCAGGCUACGUGUAACAGAAGCAAAAUUUCAUGCCGACUUCGGCGCUCCUUGCGACGCGUCAGUAUCAAGCCGCUCUCUGCGUCGCAGCUCCCAGUCGUCCGCGUACCAGGCACUGCUGCCCAACAUCAGCCGGGGAUCAUGCGGGCGAAGAGUAACUGUCCAGCUGCAACCGGUGAGUUGGGCAGGCAAAGCGGGUUGGUGACUCGUCGAUAGUGUGGUCGUCGACGAGUGCGCCAGCACUUGUGGGAAACAAGAACGACCUUCCGUGGGCGCUGGCGUCAACCGCCCCCCAAGUAGAAAAACAUGAACUACAGUUCGGCGAACGCAGCCCGGGGCGCCGGGGGCCACGCCAGCGCUGCCGUGAACCGGACGAGGCAACUGUUCAGGUCCGGUGAUUAUGGAUUGCAAAAAUGUCUGGGUCUGGAAGAAUGCAAGUUUGUCAUGCUUGUCUGGCAUGACUCGAGAAUCUGUGUUGCAUAGGCACGCAAAGGCCCUCUUGCCUGUUAUACAAAAACGCAGUUUGCCAUGCGGAAUACGUAGGAGAUGGCAGCCAAAAAAUUUGUCAUGUCUAGCUCCGUAUUGUAGUGCAUCUAUAAUUCACUUUUAGCAUUACAACUUUCCAGACCCAGACAUAUUUGCAAUGCAUAGUGAUCCCAUGAACAAACGCGAUGCGGAAAACGUGUGGGCAAGCUUGAAUAUCCACAGGAAAUUUCCCGUACACGACGUACAAAUGCAGUCUCUGCAUGACAAAACUUGCCUUCAAUCCUGGUGCAGCAUGACAAGUUGGACUCUGCAAGGUACUAGCGAAAUUCGUCAUGCAUUGUGUACAUGUACAGAAAAUUUACAUUGCAUAUUGAAAGCAGCAAUACACCAGAUCCACCAGCACAACGCGUCUACCUUGAGUUUUGAGGAACUCUACAGGUACUGUUUAGAUCAUUUACAUCGCCGCAGCUAUGACAGCUUGUUUUGUUCCACCCCCCCGUAGUUUGCUUUAUAAUUUCUUUGCAUUUUUGAUAUAACAUGCACAUGCUGUAGAAGUCCGUGUGCUGCAGCGAGAUAGAUUGCAUUUUACGUCAUCGUCGACUUGCAAGUAUUAUACGUACAAAAAUCACCCUGCUACGACCUCAGGAACGCCUACAACCUCGUGCUCCAUAAGCAUGGCGAGUUGCUUAUGGAAGCGUCAGGAUCGAAAUCGACAAAGUCGAAAUAAUCUGUCAUGCAGAAGAUGCGACACAAAAAGUGACUCUAUUGCAUGGGACGCAAAGGAGGCAGAUUGUUAUUGUAAUCCUGCUAAGGGUCACGAAUCGGGUUGGUGGCUAGCAUGGCGGAGGGGAGCUCUUUUGCCCUAAACCGCAUGACAGCUUCGCUUCCAGGACGUGGCAAAUUUGUCAUGCGCCGACUACAAACUGUGGGUCUAACGGGCAUCGAUUUUGUGCAUCACAAGUUUUUCGAUUUUGUCGAUUUCGGUCCUGACACUCCCAUAUUGCUGUACAACGGCGUGGAAGAGGUAAUACGGGAUCACUUACAGGAAACGAGCGGGAAUGUGAUAUGCAAUGCAAAAGCAUCGUGCUUACUAGUAUAAAUGGCAUGACAAAUUCUCUCAGCAUGAAAAAUGGAAUUUGUAAUGCGGAUUUUGGUUAAGAGGGAGAUUUGUAAUGCUUGACUGCGAUUACAACUACGAGUGCGAUACUUUUUCACAGGAUAUGUGACGAACGCAACAAACGAGAAUUUGUUGGAGACCAUCAAACUGCAAUGGGACGACCACAAGACGACCAUGGUAAUGAUCCGAGAUAUCCUGAUGUACAUGGACCGCAACUACGUCACCCAGCAGAAGAAAGUAUCCUGUGCAAAAAUGUCGUACUCGUACUAGUUAUGGCAGUCAUUGUGCAUGAAAAAGUAAAAGUUCAACUUCAAGAGGACCAAACUAUCUUUGUACACAUCAAGUAAAGCAAGCAUCACGCAUUCCAUUUUUUAGCUGAGUGACCAAAUUUGUGAUGCAAUUUGUACUACUUAGUACGUUGUUUUUGCAAUGGAUAAACAGUCCCGGUCUACGACGUUGGUUUAGUGCAGUUUCGACAUCAAAUUACCCACCACGAGAAGGUGAAAGAUCGGCUGCAAAAGAUCAUGCUGGACUGGAUCAAGGCAGAGCGGAACGGGGAAACGAUCGACAAAUUACUGCUCCGCCACAUGGUCUACAUGCUCGUCGAGUUAGGUGGUUCUGGCGGAAUCAUGGCUUUACUCCCGAAUCAGAAUAACAUGAACAGGAAUAUUAACAACAAUAAUAACUUCUCCCAGCCAUCUUCCGCGAACUCCAGUACGGCGAGCUUGACAGGUAUGGGUGGUAACAGCAGCGGUGGCGCGACUGGAGGCAUGAUGAAUGCUGGUGGAGGUGGAGGGGCUCCUGGCAACAGUUCUUUCUUCGGCGGUGGAACUACUACAUCAAACGGCAACUACAACAGUAACCAACUUAGUUUCGGCACCGGGGGGAGUUCCGGGGGGAGUAGUUCCAGCACGGCGCCGUGGCAAAGCAUCCAAAAUUCCUACAACGGGGCGCAAAUUUUUGUGUACCGGGAGUCUUUCGAGGAGCCGUUUUUGCAAGCCAGUCAGGAAUAUCAAAUGCAAAAAUGUCUGGGUCUGGAAGAUUGCGCGAUUUGUCAUGCAGCUUUUUCAUGACACAUGAGGUCUGGAAUGCAGGACCUAGCAUGACAGAUUCUGUGCGAUCUCUCUCAUGCCUAUCCUGCAUGAGAAACUCCCUCCCGACUUGGUCAAAACUGGACGACUUUUGGUAAUCAUGCAACACAGAUUUUUGCAUGCACAUGCUUCAGAUUUAGCAUGACAAGUUGCAUUCUUCCAGACCCAGACAUUUUUACAUUUGAUAAGGAAUUCUACCAGGCAGAGUCGAACAAGUACAUCAGUCAGAACACGUGUCAUAUCCAAUGCAAAUAUGCCUGGGUCUGGAAAGUUAGUUGUGAUGCAAGUCACCGAAUAAUGAGCCCAGUGUAAUGCGCCGCCAAGCAUGACAAGUUUUUCAUGGUUCUGUGUUGCGUAAUAUUCCGCAUGAGAAACUGAGUGCUUUUUGCAUGAAAAUCAAGAGGACCUCCUCUUGGUUGCCACGCAAUACAGAUCCCAGAGUCAUGCCAGACUAGCAUGACACGUCUCGCAAUCUCGUCCCAGACCCAGACGUGUUUGCAAUCCAUAUGUCAGGAUUACCUGAAAAAGGCGGAGGCGCGGAUUUUUAUCCACAGUAAAUUUCCCGUACACGUACAAAUGCAGUCACUGCAUGACAAAACUUGCCUUCAGUCCUAGUCUAGCAUGACAAAUUGGGCACUGCAAGUUAGCGAAAUUUGUCAUGCAUUUUGUACAUGUACAGGAAAUUUACAUUGCAUAAUUUUGGAGGAGAAGCACCGGGUACAUAGCUAUCUCCACGACUCCACGCUCGACAGGAUACAGCAUUUGAUGGACCAAGAGUGGAUCUUACGACACUACGAAACUCUAGUCAACAACGGCGCCAAGCAAAUGUUUUUGGAGGAUAAAGUCGACGAUUUGAAACGGAUGCACGACCUGUUCCAACGGUGUCCGGAAUGUUUAAAACCGCUGCACAACGUUUUGCGGGAGUGCAUCAAGGAAGCGGGAUUUGCUGUCUUGAACAACAGCAACUCUUCUGGGAAGAUGAAAAAUAAGGCCGCUGCUGGUGCAUCUGGAUCUGCUGCUGAGCAGCCCGAUCUACAGGACGGGAGUGCUGGGGAUAAUCUUCAAAAUCAAGCAGCUGGAUCAACAUCCUCCGCAACCGGAACAGCAGGAACAGAAACCAAUAAAUCCAGCACGAAAGACUAUCCCACGAAAAAACUGUUUCACUGUGAUGACUUUGCAGGAUCUGCAUUACAAGUUUGCCACACAUGACACUGAAAAUUUGUCAUGCGCGCUUCCCAAGGGAAAACACGCUUGAAAAUCCAAUGCCUUGCAGGUGUAGCAAGACAAAGAGUUCUGUGUUCUAUUUUCUGCAUCACAAGUUCACAGUGAAACAGUUUUUUCUUGCGAUAAAGACCAGCCGGUGCAGUUCAUCGAUAUGCAAUGCAAAAGCAUCUUACUAGUAUAAAUAGCAUCACAAAUUCCCUCAGCAUUAGAAAUGGAAUUUGUAAUGCUGUUUUGCCUUAGCAAAAAGAUUUGUCAUGCAUGUUUGCAAUUAGUACGAGUGCGAUGCUUUUGCAGUUCAUAAUCGAAGCGUUGCUCCAACUCCGGAACAAGUACAGCGUGUUUGUCCUAUGAAAGCCUGAGAAUGGAAAUCCUCAAAGUGGAAAUAAUUAUUUGUGAUGCAUGAAAUGCAAGGCAAAAAAGACUGUAUUGCAAAGGACACAAUGGAGGCCGACUAUUGUCCUGUUAGGGGUGAAGAAUUGGGCUGCUAAUUAGCGCGACAGAAGGGCACCUCUUUGCCUAACUAGCAUGACAGACACGUUUUGAGUGCCCGGGAAAUUUGUCAUGCGCCGACUACAAAUGACGCUUCAACUGGAGUCGUUUUUUUGCAUUACAAAUUACCAGCCAUGCUCCGGCUGCCGCCGGAGCGCAAGGCUGUUGGGCCGGGGCAAGACUGUUCGCUGAUCGGACCACAACGCCACGGGCCUGCGCACAAAGAAACAUACUGGAGUCCUGCCGCCUGGUUGCGCCGCGCCAACACGCAGCACCACUUGCGCGCCUCCCGCGCCUGCGGGCGCUCUGCGCAGGGAGCAGCUGCAAAGAACACCGGGGGCGAACAGAAGCCGCCCGGCGCGAGAGGGUAGCGCGAGAGGGUGGCGCGGGAGGGUGGCGCGAGAGGGUCGCGCGGGAGGGUGGCGCGAGAGGGUGGCGCGAGAGGGUGGCGCGAGAGGGUGGCGCGAGAGGGUGCGCGAGAGGGUGCGCGAGAGGGUGGCGCGGAAAGCAAGGCGCUGAACAAAACAAGGCCGCGACAUGCCUGCAAUGCCAAAUGUGGGGACUACCAUGCGGAUUCGCGCCCGCUUUUUUGUGUUUUUACCCUCUCGCAGACCCCUCGCAGGCCUUCUUUUUGGCCUCUUUUGGGGGUCCCCGCUAAUAGUCCGGCUAUACUCGUGGGCAGAGGUCGACAGAGGUGGCCGAGAGGUGGCCAAGAGGGCCCGCGAGAGGUCGCCCCUUAUUCGCGCCACCUCUCUCCACCUCUGUCGACCUCUCGCGCCCCCUCUUUUUGACCUCUCUGCACCCUCUCAGGCACUUAGGCGGCGCUUUAAGGUGAGCGCUUCGGCGGGCCUUAUUCGCGCACCCUCUCGCCGACCCUCUCGAACGGGGUCCCGCGCCACCUCUCCACCCCUAUCGACCUCUUUUCUACCUCUUUUGACCUCUUUUUUACCUCUCGGCCACCUCUUGUUUACCCUCUGUCUACCUCUUUUUUCGCAUGAAUAUAAUAUAUAGCAAUUUUCACUUUGAGGAUUUCCAACCUGAGGCUUUCAUAUGUCCGGGAGUCUUUUGGCAACAGCAAGGAGUUUUCGCUUUCCAUGAAAACCAGUUUUGAGGAAUGCUUAAACGUAGACAUAUCACAGGAAAACAGUGUAAAAGUUACACAUUUGCUGGAGUUUCUGCAUCACAAAGUCGCUCGACAUGGCAAAGAAAACCUGUGAUGCGCAGACUAUAAGGGAAAACACGAAUGAAAUGAGACUGGCAAGCAUUUCCUGCAUGACAGAGGUCGUCUGUCUUGCUUGUCUUCCAUGGGGGUGUGUAAGUGUAACACUUUUUUCUCAGGAUAGGACACGAAAACGGCCCAGUAUUUGUCGUUAUUUGUCGACGACUAUGAACUGCAAAAGUAUCGUACUCGUAUAAAUGCAUUACAAAUUUCCUCAGCAUGAGAGAUAAAAUUUGUAAUGCUGAUUUACCUUAAGAGCAAGAUUUGUAGUGCAUGAUUGCCAGCAUACGAGUACGAUACUUUUGCACAGGAUACCGACUUGAUCAAGAAGGGCGCGAAGUCAAGUUCCAUGACGACGGCGGACGUCGACAUCGAGACCAGACUUGACUACGCAUUGCAAACAUGUAGUCUGGGUCUGGGAAGAUGCGAACUUGUCAUGCUAAGUCUGGAUCGUACAAAAAUUGGUGUUGCAUGACUACCAGAAGCUCCUGUCCACUACUUUUUAACAAGUUUAGAGGCAGUUUGUCAUUCAGGAUAGGCAUGAUAGAGAAGUCCUCGCAGAACCUGCCAACAUGCUAGGCCCCGCAUUCCAAACCUCAUGGGGCAUGGAAAACAUGCAUAAGAAGUUUGCGCCACUCUUCCAGACCCAGACAUAUUUGCAAUCCAUAUGGACCAGGUGGUCACGAUAUUUCGCUAUUUGUCGGACAAGGAUAUUUUCGAGAGUUACUACAAGCAGUAUUUCGCGAAACGAUUGUUGGCCGGGAAAAACGCGGAUGAUACGGAGAAAUUAAUGAUCAGCAAGCUGAAAGGUAUGAAUAGUAGAAUAGAAGUCUCUAUUAUCUUUCUUGUUGCUUGCACCGACGAUCGACAUCACAGAUUUUUUACUUAAUCGCGCUCCUGCAUGACAAACACGUUUGAAAAAUCAUAUCACAGGCGAAUGCGGGCACCAGUACACGGCGAAGCUGGAGGGAAUGCUAAACGACAUGAAAGCCAGCGACGAACUGACGAAAAGCUUCCAUCAGCAGCACCCAAUCACCAAUCUCAACAACGUCGAAAUGCGACUGUCCGUACUUACCUCCGGCUAUUGGCCGGUCCCUGCGCCCGGGCCGUGCGAAAUUCCCAAAUCUCUGAAGAUAACGAUAGACACGUUUGAGCAAUUUUACGCACAAAAGCACCAGGGCAGGAGACUGACCUGGAAUUUCAAUUACGGCCAAGCGGAUGUCCGGGCAAGGAUGCCGAAAGGUAUAAAAUUGUACGUCGUCGUAGUACCUGCUACGCCGGUUGAUCUUGAUUUUCAGUAGUGAAGAUGUGGUUCUUGCGUGAGGACUUUUCGUCCAUUUUAGCUGAGUUCAUGCUACAAAUCCUUCACAACUUCAAAAGAAAAUUUGAAAUAUUCCAGGUUCUAAGCCCUACACGCUGCUGCUCUCCACCUACCAGAUGGUCCUGCUAUAUUGCUUUAACGAGCACGAGACACUGAGUUUUUCCGAGCUCCUAUGCAUUGCAAAGGUAUCUUCGUACCGAGUGGUAAGUGCAUGACAAUUUAGUUUCCCAAAAGAAAAAAACGAACUUUGUCAUGCAGUUGUGGGUUAGAUGAAGACUCCUGUCAUGCAGGACCACUGCAAUUACUACGCGUACGAUAUUUUUGCAUUCGAUAGCUCCUGCAGCAGACCAAAAUUCCCAUCGAGGAAAUGAAACGACACCUGUCCAUAUCAACUGUAAAAAUGUCUGGGUCUGGAAGAUUGCGAGAUUUGUCAUGCAUAUUUCGGAUCACGCAAAUGGCGUCAUCACAGGUUUUGAGCACGCCUCAUGAUGCCUCUCCCGCAUGAGAAACUUCCUACUUGCGUGCCAGGAAAUGGACAGCUUUUGGAGCAGCUCACGCAACACAAUUUCUUGUGUGUUCCAGAGUUUGCAUCACAAGUUCCAACCCUUCCAGACCCAGACAUUUUUACAUUUGAUAGUCCAGCCUGUACGGAAACAGCAAAGCGCGGAUUUUGUUGAAAACCUCGGGCGGCAACCCAAACGACUUUGACAAUCACGGCGGGGGGACUGCGAGUGGCGGCGGUGGCCGGAAGGACCAGGGAAAGGAGCCGCAGGAAGGUAAGACUUGUGUAUGCACUCUCCAUCACACUGGUGUAGUUCUCAAGACUUCGAGUACAAUGCGCGUUUCCGCAUGACAAACUCCUGCUUUCGAAAGAAACAAUUAUCUCCACAACAUCAUCAGGCGACACUUUCUGCGUGAACCCGGAUUUCGAAUCUAAAUUCUCCCGCGUCCGCGUUCCUCUGAUUAAGGAGCAGAUUGACCACCAACAAGCCCUUCUCCGCGGCUACGAGGGGGAGCAGCAUGCCUCGGAUAUGCCGGCCAGCGUGGAAGAGGACCGGAAACACUUGACCGAGGCGGUCAUCGUCAGGAUUAUGAAGUCGCGCAGAACUCUCUCCCACAACAACCUCAUCGCGGAGGCGACAAAGAUGCUGAGCAGCCGGUUCUAUGCAUUGCAAAUAUGUCUGGGUCUGGAAGGAUCCAAACUUCUCAUGCUGUCUUUGGAUUCUAAAAAAAUCUGUACUGCAUGACCACGAAGAGGAGCCCAGAUUGUGCUACGCGGAGAGGGCGUUUGUCAUGCAGAAUAGACAUCAGGAAGCCUUCCAAAAAUCUGUGAUGCUGUGCCAUGCACUGCAGGCCUCAUGGGUCAUACGGAACAUGCAUGACAAACAUGGCAAUCUUCCAGACGCAGACACAUUUGCAUUUGAUAGGUUCGUGCCAACCCCGGCGUUAAUCAAGCAGAGGAUCGAACGGCUGCUGGAGCGAGAGUAUCUCGAACGGUCAACGGAGGAUAGGGCAGUGUACAACUAUUUGGCGUAGGAAUACUAGUUGUGGCUGUGGGACUAGAACUUCACUGGGGCUAGGGGAAGACGCGCUAAAAGGUGGACGUAAUAGAUAACCAAGAAGAGCUCAUCUGCUACUGCUACAAUUAUUGUCAGCUCGACCUUAUCGUUAUCAGUUGUGACCGUGAGUUGUACACGUGUGAAGUAGAGCAGGAAGAGCUCCUACCUCUAAAAUAAGGACAUCAUCGCUUCCUAUCCCUUUUUGGCGACAAUCAAGCGACGCCAGCAUGGCCCCGUGCUCCUCCUGGCCAUAAGUUUUUUUCAAUCACCUUUUUUUUGAAAUCUAAUGACGUCAGUAGUUCUACAACUGCAAUUAGUCCUAGUAGCGACCGGCGACGUGAUGAAGUUUACUUAUAAGAUUUUCCAGCGACAAGCAGAUCGAUUUUGUUUUAACUAUUUCACUUUCAGCUUAUUCUCAAGAGGAUUAAACACAUUGUGAAAUCCGGACGAGCCUCUAGCACUUGUAGGCAAAAAUGUGAGGCGCUGUUUAAGCACUUGAAGUGUCAAGAUGAGAGCAUCAAGCAAGCUAAACGCUAUAAAAUUUAUUGUGUGCUGCUGUGAUAUAGAACCUGAGAAAUGCAUGCUGUAGAUGCUUGAAGCGACAACAAGACGACCUGUUCUACGGGAAGGUGUUGAUGUUCCGACGAGGCAAAAUUUGUCGGGAAAGAAGUGCAGCCUACCAGAC